AGAGCGGGGUCCUGCGGAAGACGUUUACUAGCAAGGGCGAUUAGUGCUGUAUGCGCCGAGUAAAACGGGGAACGAGUAUCACUUUCAGAGUGAGAAUAUAUAUAGCAACUUUCUGCGCUGUUACUAGGGAAACAGGUGGGAGCAGCGAGUGAGAGCGCGAAUUGGCACAGUUCGUUCGUCUCUUUUCUCGGAGUCUCGCAGGUUGUGUGCCUGAGACACCUGACACCUGAACGUCGACCAGGUGCCUAGGUGGAAGGACGCGGCGCGGAAGAAAUUGAGCCCGAAAAUAAAAUAAAUACCUAUUAUUGGCGACGAGCUUGGAGGUCAGUAUACAUCACAGUCGCUGCGAUAUCAACCACCCGAGAUCUGUGCUCCCGGCCACCUAACAACCCCGACAGAGCAACGAGAGGAUGGGACGCCAUGAGCUGCUGCAGGGUUUCCUUGUAAUUCUUUCUGGAGUCAGCCCAGCCCAAUGGUGCCAGGCCUUCUUCCUCCUAGCGGCUGGAGGCGUAGGAGCAGUGGCAGCAAUGCCCUGUGAUGCAAAGACGCUGCUGGUUGAUUAUGGCGCCCGCAAAGCCCAGAAAUAUCCAGCUGACGGCAGGCCUCCACCUGCUCACCGUUUACGCCAGGGCCGACUGCUCUCGCUCACCGCUACGCUCACAUCCUCGACACAAGUACCACAUUCCUGGUUCAACGCCUUCUAUGUGGUGUCUGUGGCGUCUUCUGUCUUCUGGCUUGUGCAAUACCUUACCGGCGGGUCCAUAUGGCGUCUGAUUGCCUCCAGCCAGGCAGCUUCGGGGGAGCCAUCGGCUACCCUGGAGCAGGUUGGGGUGAGUUGGCUUAUGCUGUUCCUCCAAGGCGCCAGACGUGUCUUCGAGCAUGCAUUCAUCCUGCAGUCAUCCAAAUCUACCAUGUGGGUUGUUCACUGGCUUCUCGGCCUCCUUUUCUACCUCUUCAUUGGGGUAUCCAUAUGGGUCGAAGGAUCGGCGGCAACCAUGGAGGUCACAACCGCUAACAACGACAAAAUGGGGGCUCUGUGGAAAACGAUGGUCGCGUUGCCGGUUUUUCUGUACGCCUGGAUCAACCAGUACAGGUGUCACAAACACCUUGCUGGGUUGAAGAAAUAUUCAUUACCGGAAGCAGGCCUGUUUCGCCACUUCAUCUGCGCGCAUUAUACCUGCGAGUGCCUCCUAUACCUCUCGAUGACCAUCGCCGCGGCUCCACGCGGCGCCUGGUGCAACAGGACGCUCCUGUGUGCCUUGGUUUUCGUCAUAGUCAAUCUCGGAGUUACGGCAUCGGGAACCCGCAAGUGGUAUGCCGAUAAGUUCGGGGUCGGGUCCGUUGCGAAGAAGUGGAACAUGAUUCCUUUCAUUUUCUGAGCGCUUUCCGAUGCG